AUGGAUCCCAUGUGGCGGAUAUGCCCUCGUAGGAUCAUUCCCUGGGACGACUUCCCGGCAAAGCAGGAGCAGAUCUGGGACCUUCUUUCGGCCAGUACCAUGUUCUCAUCCAAUGCGGCGUUCCCGUCGCAAUACCAGCUGGAAUACGUCAAGUCGAGGCUUAAGCCUAUUGGGAGUGAGAUUGGGCUGAGGGACUUUCAGCGUAACGUGGUCGAAAAUGCGGUCAAGUCACUGAUUGCGGCCGUACCCGAGGAUCCGGUGCUGCGCAUCACCCUCGGCAUGCGCGGAACUGCCCAUCGUAAGGCUCGCGGUAAGGGCAACCUGGCGGACCAGUUCUACAUCUACCGGAAACCGGACUGA